UAUCCGGGGUGAAGCCAUAGCCCUGUCUUCAAGCAUCCUCAUUUAUCCAUGGGCAAUUCCACCAUCACUGAGACAUGGUGGCUUGUAACGUUUGCAAGCUUCAUUGUGGUUCUCAUAUUGUUCCUCAACCACAGCUCCGGUACCAACAAUAUAUCAGUGCUUCAGAAUCUAACCGUUCCGAUUACAGCUUCCAAUGGCUUUCCGAUGCAGUCUCCGACGCUCCCGAGCGUCGUCGAGAACGAACAACAAGUCAUACCUUCUAGUGUUCAACCUUGUAUACCUCUAACUGAAACAGAAACGCCCUCUUCUCAGAUUCCUUUGUCGGACUUGCGGGACAAGGAACCGGACUUCUUUGAUAGUGUGAAACAAGCAAACGCAUCCUCCCGACCGUCCUUUUCGGGUUCGCAGGAUGCAAAAGCGUUAGUUUUGAGUGAUAAAAUGGAAGAAAGCACAGGAGAUUCUUCUCCGGUUCAUGUGUUGGAGGGGCAAAGUCAAGAGCAACAAUCCAAGGACAAUGGUAACGAGGAGCCUGAGACAAUGGAGGAAGGAAGAAAAUGCAACAUCUUUGAAGGGAAAUGGGUUUACGAUCCUAUCGAGAGUCCUCUGUACGAUUCGGCAAUGUGUCCGUUUUUUAGCGAUACGGUGAGUUGUCGACGGAAUGGAAGAUCGGACAAGGAAUACGAGAAAUGGAGGUGGGAGGCUAAUGAGUGCAAGAUCCCUCGGUUUAAUGCCAAGGACAUGUUGGAGAGGCUCAGAGGGAAGAGAGUUGUAAUUGUUGGGGACUCCAUCAACCAUAGCCAAUUCGAAUCUCUUGCUUGCCUUUUGUAUUCUGCUAUACCCGACCGAUCUUAUGUCGAUGCUCGGAAACGGAUCUUCAGGUCAGAGUCUUAUCAGUUGGAUAUUGAGUUUCACUGGGCUGAAUUUCUUGUGGAAGUACUAGUGAACAAGAAGGAUGGCAAAAAGACUUUGAAACUCAACUCGCUCGUCCCGUCCGCUACGAAAUGGAAAGAUGCAGAUAUUAUGGUGUUCAACACUGGUCACUGGUGGGCGAACCGCCUUAGGUGGGACAUGUUUCGGUACAAACGGAAUGUGUUUGCAGAUAUGAAGAUCGAAACUGCAUUCAAGGUUGCAAUGAAGACAUGGUCUCGUUGGAUAGAGAGAAAUGUCGACACGAACAAAACAACAGUGUACUUCAGGGGCAUGUCCCCUCCGCAUUUUGGGAAAAACUGGUGCUACAAAUCAACCAGGCCCGCCAUGGACAAGCCGUACCUGGUGAAUUUCGGCAAAUCAUUGAAAGACAUCGUGGAGAAAACGCUCGAACGCAUGAGGACACCGGUGAAGUACUUGAACAUCACGAGACUGAGCGAGGAUCGUCCCGACGCUCAUUCAUCCAUUUACGGGACGAAGCAAGGGAAGCUACUGAUUGCAACCAAGCAGAAACCCCCAGCAAUGGUGGCAGAUUGCAGCCACUGGUGUCUGCCUGGUGUUCCUGACACAUGGAAUCACUUACUCUAUGCAUCUUUAGUCUUGGACAGCUCCUCCAAGGCCAUUUCCGCUACAUAAACUUGUCAUUGUUUUUGGUAAAUUCAUCACAAGGGGGGGAUUUGCUUUGGUCAGAAAAUCAAUCAUUAUUUAUUG